AUGGCAUCUGCCAAAGCUCAAGUGAAUGACAAGCGCUUGGUCGCCGAAGUUGCCGGAAAGGGAGACUACUCUGACGAGCCACCUGCCGAUCUGGAUCUGAUACGGGCGCGAGUUGUGCUCCCCCCCAGCUGGCUCAUCUACCCGUCUGGACUCGAGCUGCCGGAAACGCUCAACGACAUCCGCGAACGAUACCAAGUGUGGAUUGUCAGCUUGGAAAGCACACAAGCAUUCGACAUCUACAGUGAGUCGAUAUCCCGGCUGCAGGAUGCCGUCACUGCCUUCAACCAGCUCGUGCACGAUCUGCGUCUGCGCAAAGAACUUCUCGCCGAAGUGCUCAUCGUCCAGCACUGCUCCAGGGCAGACAAAGACACCCGGAUAUCAAUCAAGCUCGACUCAAGACCCGAGGUGAUGACUCCACUGCUUGGACCCCAUGAUAUACCGGCGAUCUCAGCGGCGCUCCUCGAAACCCUUCGUCCCCAUCUCAUCAACUCUACAGAGUGUUUGUUGAGUCUUAGCUCUGAUCUCAGGAUGCGUGUCAACUUUGGAAUCUUAAAGGCGGUACGGAGAAAGAAGGAAAUACCUGAAGUGGUCACCUACGACGAGUUUGUGGAGGCGGCGAAGACGUUUUCGAUUCGCGGAGGCAUUGGCCUACAUGACAGAUUCUCCGAGAUCAAGCUCUCAAACCACAUCAUCAAGCACUUGCUGGCUUUGGACGGUAACGGUGGUGUUCGCUUGGUAAACGACACUGUGAGACGCGCGUACUCGUUGACGCUGCGCUUGAACCAGAAGGAAGUAUGGCUGGAAGACUGGAACGGAGACGGCGAGGUCGCACUACCCCGGGCCAAGAUGCGUAUCGCAGUGCCAACCAGCUACCUCAACUGGGUGAUGGCCGCCCCAGACAUGAGAAUCGACUGGGGCCUCAAGGCCGAUGAGUACGAUGUGGAGGACGUACCAGAGGACCUCCAUGGCCUCAUCAAAGAGCUGAAGCUCAAGCCAGCCAGAUACAAGGACAAGGGCAAUUUUCUCAGGCCAGCUGAGGUGAUGUUUCCUCGACCUGGGGAGUGGAAAGACCAGAUCCAACAAACUCGCUUGAAGACGUCAUUCAUCGCGGAGAUUCACGAUACUCCCUAUCUGCUCGAGAUAAGCAUAACCCAGAUCUGGGACAAGUACAAGACCAAGGCAAGGCCAAGGACCGUGUGGGGGAUGGAGAUCUAUGGCAAGCACUGGGACUCGGCCAUGAACCACGUCGAUCCCAUUAGCCGGAGAAAGGACUGGGGAGAGGCGCAGAGGAAUGUUUGGGUUGGCCGGGAUCCAAACAUGUGGAAGAGAUUCCAGAGCUUCCUUGAAGUCGUGUUACACGUGCAAAAGCAUGUGGAGGACAUACCACCGCUGACGGAGCAGGAUCUUGAGGAUACUGAAAGCGAGACCGAAGAGUAG